CCGCCAGCCGGACUGCGCCGUGGGAUGUAGCGCCCGCUCGCCGCCUCCCGGACACCCGUCGGACCGUCCGCCCCGCGGCCCUGCAUCUUCCCAGGUGACCACGCCGGCAUCAGGACAUGCACGGGCACAGCCGCAACGGGCAGGCCCACGUGCCCCGGCGGAAACGCCGCAACCGCUUCGUCAAGAAGAACGGCCAAUGCAACGUCUACUUCGCCAACCUGAGCAACAAGUCACAGCGCUACAUGGCAGACAUCUUCACCACCUGUGUGGACACACGCUGGCGCUACAUGCUCAUGAUCUUCUCCGCGGCCUUCCUUGUCUCUUGGCUCUUCUUUGGCCUCCUCUUCUGGUGUAUUGCCUUCUUCCACGGUGACCUGGAGGUCAGCCCGGCGGUGCCCGCAGCAGGGGCCCCGGUGGGCAGUGGUGGGACGGCCCCAGUGGCCCCCAAGCCUUGCAUCAUGCACGUGAACGGCUUUCUGGGCGCCUUCCUGUUCUCGGUGGAGACGCAGACGACCAUCGGCUACGGGUUCCGGUGCGUGACAGAGGAGUGCCCGCUUGCCGUCAUCGCUGUGGUGGUCCAGUCCAUCGUAGGCUGUGUCAUUGACUCCUUCAUGAUCGGCACCAUCAUGGCCAAGAUGGCGCGUCCCAAGAAGCGGGCACAGACGCUGCUGUUCAGCCACCACGCAGUCAUCUCAGUGCGAGAUGGCAAGCUCUGCCUGAUGUGGCGUGUGGGCAACCUACGCAAGAGCCACAUUGUGGAGGCCCAUGUACGGGCCCAGCUCAUCAAGCCCUACAUGACCCAGGAGGGCGAGUACCUGCCACUGGACCAGCGGGACCUCAACGUGGGCUACGACAUCGGCCUGGACCGCAUCUUCCUGGUGUCACCCAUCAUCAUUGUCCACGAGAUCGACGAAGACAGCCCACUCUAUGGCAUGGGCAAGGAGGAGCUGGAGUCAGAGGACUUCGAGAUUGUGGUCAUCCUCGAGGGCAUGGUGGAGGCCACCGCCAUGACCACCCAGGCCCGCAGCUCCUACCUGGCCAGUGAGAUCCUGUGGGGCCACCGCUUCGAACCCGUGGUCUUCGAGGAGAAGAGCCACUACAAGGUGGACUACUCACGCUUCCACAAGACCUACGAGGUGGCCGGCACGCCCUGCUGCUCCGCCCGGGAGCUGCAGGAGAGCAAGAUCACCGUGCUGCCCGCCCCGCCGCCCCCGCCCAGUGCCUUCUGCUAUGAGAACGAGCUGGCCCUCAUGAGCCAGGAGGAAGAGGAGAUGGAGGAGGAGGCUGCGGCCGCUGCUGCUGUGGCUGCGGGCCUGGGCCUGGAGGCGGCCUCCAAGGAGGAGGCGGGCAUCAUCCGGAUGCUGGAGUUUGGCAGUCACCUGGAUCUGGAGCGUAUGCAAGCCACGCUCCCACUGGACAACAUCUCCUACCGCAGGGAGUCCGCCAUUUGACCUCCAGGCCCACCCUCGUCGCCUCCUUCGAGAGCUCUGCAGGGGGUGGGAUGCCAGGACACUCCCGCCCACACUCAGGACAGAGCAGACCCUGGCUCAAGGGACCUUCUGGAGGGAGGCAGGGGCUUAGACGACUGGGAGACCACUUCCUGCCAGCUCCAGAGCCCAAGCUUGGAUGGGCCCAUGACACCAAGGCCCUGUCAGCCAGGGUUUCCCAGCUAUUACCUACAGGAGGCUCUGGGACCCCAGGCCACCACCCUUUUCCC